AUGGACGACCACACCGUCGACCUGAUAUUCGGCGGUUCGCUGAAGUCUCUGCCGCCGGUCAGCUCGAAGAUCGUAAGGAUUUUCACCAGCUCAACAUUUACAGAUACAACGAUGGAGAGGAACACACUAAUGGCCAAAUGCUAUCCCAGAAUAAAAGAUUACUGUCGUGAAAAACAUGGUUUGGAGUUUCAGGUUGUAGAUAUGCGGUGGGGUGUUCGAGAUGAAGCUACUGAUGAUCACAUGACAACAGAACUGUGUAUGCGGGAGAUCAAAAACUGCCAGCGGUUGUCUAUGGGGCCCAAUUUUGUAGUAUUUCUCGGGCAAAAGUAUGGUUACAGACCAAUACCAACCUACGUGCUAUCAUCAGAGUUACAAAUGCUCAGAGACGAACUGGCAGCGGGUGGGGUUGAUGUGAUACUGUUAGAUACGUGGUACAAAAAGGACUCUAACGCAGUACCACCUGUUUCUGUGUUGCAACCUAUUUCAUCUAUAUUAGUCAAUUUCAAUAACAAAAGAGUUCCUAAGCUCCAAGCAGAGGACCAAGCGAUAUGGUGGGACACACUCACCAAAAUGCAAAAACUAUUUCGCAAGUCAUCAUUGCAACUUUAUAAUGCCGGAAAAAUUGAUAAAGACACUAUGCACAAUUAUUUUAUGUCGGUAACUGAAAGAGAAGUUAUCAACGGAAUUCUCAACGUGAAGAACACGAAGAAUCACUGUCUAGCAUAUGUGCGUUACAUCAAUAAUAUCAAUCUCCAGAACCUAAAGAAGGCCAGUAACUUCGUCGACAUUCUCAAUAGAAGCUUAGACGCUGAAGCCUCCAAGCUCUUGGCUGAUUUAAGAGAUGUCAGAUUGCCGAAUAAGAUUGAAACAACGAAUAUACAAAAAUACACAGUCGAGUGGAUUGGACGUGACGGCCUUGAUAAUGAGACUCACGGCGAAUAUCUUAAUCACUUUAUAUCACAUUUUUACAAGAACAUCAUUAAACUUGUUGAUAGAGCAAUGCGUAAAGAAGACAGCAGUGCUCAAGGUCAGAUAGUGACGGAGAUACUCCAGCAUCUACACGCUUGCAACAACUCAGUGAAGGUUUUCCAUGGACGAGAGGAUGAUCUGAACUUCAUCGAGAACUACAUGAUGAACAGUUCUGAUAAACCACUUGUGUUGUAUGGAGAAGGUGGUUGUGGAAAAACAAGUCUCCUGGCAAAAAGUUCAGCAAUGUCCUUAGACAAGUGGUUCGCGGAAUUGCGACCGACGAACAUCAUCAGGUUUCUCGGAACUACUCCCGACUCCAGCGCUCUUACGCCAACACUUAUAUCAAUAUGUCAACAGAUCUCGUACAACUUCGCCCUUCCUUUCGAAAAUAUCCCAGAUGACCUGGUACCCCUCACCGCUCACUUCAAACAACUCCUAACCCUGGCUUCACCGCAACAACCUCUCCUUCUCUUCCUGGAUUCUGUAGACCAGCUCACUGGUAUUGGCACUGAAAAUAAUAAGGUUUCGUGGUUACCAACGAGACUACCACCACAUUGUAAGAUAAUAGUAACAUGUGCAUGUGAAGAGGCAAAUCCAGAAGUUUCUAAAGAAUACGAUGUGUUGCGACGCAUGAUUGAUUCAGAAGAGAAUUUCCUAGAAGUCAAAGCUUUGGGAGAGGAUUUAGCUAUGCAAGUUUUGAAACUAUGGAUGGCAUCUGCUGCUAGGGAUCUCUCGAACUAUCAAUGGCGUCUGGUCUCCAAUGCUAUUGGGCAAUGCUCUUUGCCUAUAUUCGUCAAACUUGUAUUUGCUGAGGUCUGUAGAUGGAGAAGUUACACAAAACCUCAAGAUACGCAUUUAGCAUCAACAGUUAUGGAUUCUAUUAUGAUGCUAUUCGAACGAAUCGAAAAACAACAUGGUAGGUUGCUGGUCUUUCAUGCCCUGGCCUAUAUCACCGCAGCUAGAAGUGGUCUCUCAGAAACCGAACUAGAAGACCUUAUAUCAUUAGAUGAUAAGGUGUUAGAUGACGUGUAUCAGUACCAUCUUCCACCGGUUAGAAGAAUACCACCUUUGCUGUGGACCAGAAUCCGCAACGAUCUUCCAAAUUACUUAUCGGAGAGAGAAGCCGAUGGCGUUUCAGUAAUGAACUGGUACCAUCGACAGUUCCGUGACACGGCGCGGGAAAGAUACUUCAAGAAUAUGAACAUGGCGAUGUACUUCCAUUCCAUGAUCGCUGAUUAUUAUUUGGGUAUAUGGGGCGGUGGUACACCAAAACCAUUUAAGUAUACUGAGAUUCAACGUCAUCGGUUUAAUCUCGCGGACAAAGAAGGCGUCGCUGACAGGAAGGUGCCUCUACAGCCUCUCGUAUUCACUUCUGCUGAUGGUUCUUCUAAGAGAUACAACUUACGCAAGUUUGGCGAACUCCCUUUCCACCUGGUUCGAUCCAAGCGUUUCACUGAUCUCUAUGCUGAAGUCCUCUUCAAUUAUGAAUGGCUGCAUGCAAAACUCAACUGCUGUCCGUUACAAGCUGUACUAGCUGACUUCGAAGAUGCUAAGCAACAUGUUAACAAAGACGCUGUAAGGGAGCUGACGCUUGUAGCGGAUGCACUACGUCUGGGCGGCGCUAUCCUAGGCCUGUUUCCAGACAUGCUGGCUCCGCAACUAGUGGGGCGACUGCUGCCCGAGUCCCAGCACGCCGCAGUAGCUGCUCUGCUCGCUCAGUGCGCUCGCGCGGGACGACACCACUGUGCGUUGCUGCCUGCACAUCACUGUCUGCAUACUCCUGGUGGUCCGCUCAAGUACUCACUCGAAGGUCAUCAGUUCGCUGUAUUCGCGUUCCGUCUAAGCUCGGACAAGCGCUAUGUUGUAUCUAUAUCUAGUCGAGUAAUAUCCUGGGAUUUGUCCACAUCAGACCUCGCCAGAGACCUCUGUCCUCAACUGGAAGGUAUUAUGCAAAACCUCGAAAUAUCGCCUGAUAACAAAUGGGCAGCUGCGUCUACUAAUAAUUCUGUUUCAAUUCUCCUCAACAUGCUGACAAGUGAAUACAUCACAAUCGAUAACCCAUUGGAUGAAGGCCAAACAGUACGUGGUGUUUACGUUCUAAAUCAUCACAUGUUCAUAUACGGCCCUUAUUCAUGGGUUCAGUACAGUAUGAGGGGAGAACUCGAGGACACCAAGCCAGCUCCCGACACAGCACCGUAUGAUGACAUGUCUUGGGAAAUACUUUCAAUAGAAUUUCGAGACUUGGAAAAUUUGGUGUUAGUGAUGUGGAGCGGUGAUCUGGAUGAUGAUAGACUUUUGGUGCAUUUCUGCAAGGAUGAUGUCUGGAUGCAGCCAUUGAGGUGUAGGGGAGCUUUUACGAUGAACAAGUACUGGACAAAGAUUUAUACCAGUGAUCCUGAGAGAGGGUAUCAGAUCUCGGUAUACGAAUUAAAUAAAGAAGAAAAAGUUUGGGAUAAAGUCGAAGAACUACAUCACAAAGACACAGACACUGCAGAGGCGAUGCUACAAUUGAAAAGAGGAAAGAAGGAUCGGAUGUUACUUGCUACAACAACUUACAGUUUUGUAGUUUGGGAUUUUUAUAAUAUCAUACCAAGAGGUAAUCAUGAUAAUGGUGAUAAAGAUGAAGAAAAUGAUGACAAGAAUGAAGAUGAAAAAGAGAAACAAGACAAACAAGAAAAGGAUCUGAGAUUAGAGGGCAUAGUUCUAAAACUUCCUCACACUAUUAGAAAUAUUUCAACGAAAAUGACUCAAUCUAACUCUUUCAUGAUCAGCAAUAAUAAUACUUAUGCUGUAGCUGGAGUGAGGAAAAAUCUAUACGUCUGGAGCCUAGAGACAACAAAGCUGAUAAAAGUCUUAGACGCCCACUUCGGUAGAAUUGUUCAGCUGGAACCUCUGACUGUAGGUGCUUGGAACAACGUGAUCACCUCCUCUAUAGACAGAACUGUGAAGAUAUGGAACAUUGAUAACAUAUUUGAGCAAGUCCACAAAAUUGAUAGGCAGGAACUACCUAUCGAAUCAAUUAGCCUGGCCCGCGACGUCCCGCUGGCAGCGACAGUGACGCGCAGUUGCUGGGGGCUGUGGGACACGCGCGCGGGCCGCCUGCUCGCGCAGCUCGCGGACGCGCCCCUCGGCGCCAUAGUGACGCACGCGCGCAUCACGCCGGCGGGCGCUCACGUCGUCACCGCUGAGUCUGGCUGCUUAAUUAUAUGGGACACGGCUGACAGACAGGUUGUAUUUAAAGAAGAACAAAAAGGUAUAAAGCAGUUAUUAUUUCUAGAAGAUGGUACCAAACUAAUAACAAUAUCCAUGGUCGUAGCUACAGACAAUGUUGACAAUGUAGCUGUAGCUCAUAUUGUUGCAAGAACUAUACCAGACGGUGAAAAAAUCUACACAGUAGAUUAUGAAGUCCGGGGGACGGGAUACAGAGCAGCCGUGGUUUCUGCUGAUGAACAUCAUAUAGUUGCUCCGGGGAUGGACAAAUCUUCACGAGAAUGCUUACACAUUUUCCAUGCAAGAACUGGUGCAAGGUUACACAGGAUUCCCGUAAAAAACAGUGGUAUAAAAGAUAUGCAGUCAAUUGUAGCGUUACCACAUAAACCCCACUGGGUAGCAGUCGUCGGAAACGACAAGGCGGGAAUAUUGGAUAUAAAGACCAAGCGACACGUUAGGUUUGUACCACGCUGGAAUGGAGCCUGCACGCGUGAUGGAAAACUUGGCUUGUGUGCUCCAUCUCGUGGUGGACUAGAUCUGAUCGAAUUGAAACGUGGCACUGCAGUACAACAGCUAAUCUCCAGAGCAGCGGAGGGCGUCUUCUCUAUUAUUACUAUGUUCAGUUCCACUGACCAGUAUGUCUUCUAUUAUCACAGCGGUAGGAAAACUUUGAGAGUCUUUAGAACCGUUGACGGUAAAGCAAUAGCUGAAUAUCGAGCUCCAGCAGAAGUAACGGGAGUUGCAAGCGCUCAUGGAGGAAAAGCAGUAGCUAUUGCCUCACAAGAUGGAUGUCUUACCGUUCUUAAUAUUGUCGAUCCUUACGAAUAAAAUACACAUUAUCCUUGAUUCGAUGCUUUGUAGAAAGUUUAUCAUAGAAAAUUAGUUUUAGUAACGUAGACGUCAACAGUUAU